AUGCCCGUUGUCAGAAGUCUUGUCAGUGAUAAGAAAUAUCAGGUCAAGGUUCUGACCCGUAACGCAUCAUCUCGACGUGCCCAAGAAUUGUACGGACUCGAAAAUGUGGAAUUAUUCGGAGGAACUCUAGCCAACGAGACAACCCUUUAUAACGGUCACCGCGGUUGUUAUGGGGCAUUUGUCAAUAUUGAUGGGUUCAACACUGGCGAGAAGGCAGAAAUGUUUUGGGCAAUUCGCAUUUAUGAAAUUGCCAUUAAGGAAGGCCUCAAGUUCUUUGUAUAUGGGAACUAUGACUAUGCGCUCAAAGCAGGAGCUUAUAAUUCGAGGUAUCGGUGCGGACAUUUAGACGGAAAAGGAAGAAUUGGAGAGUGGAUUCUGUGGCAAAACACGACAAACAUGGACAGAAUGGAUGCAGCUCUAUUUACGGGAGGGCCAUACAUUGAUAUGAGUGUCAGUGGUGCAACCAUGAUGUCGCCAACCAUCGAAGACGGUAUCGUCACCUGGCGCAUUCCAGUUGGCGACGUUGCCGUGCCUUUCGUUGCCCUUCAAGACUGUGGCUAUUAUGUCCGUUGGAUGUUUGACAACCCUAGACGGGCCAGUGGGAUGGAUCUUCGGACUGCGAUCGCACAUAUUAGCUUUCACGAAAUGGCCGCCGCUUUUGAACGUGUUACUGGCCGCCCUGCACAGUAUAUCGAAAUGUCAAUAGACGACUACUGGGCGUUAUAUCGGGACAUUGCUGAUUUACCGACCGCCUACAAUGCUGAUCCCGAUGAUGCUAGUACAAUGUCCACCAAGGAUAAUUUCACUGGCUUCUGGAACUUUUGCAAAGAUGAUCUCAUGAAAAGAGAGUAUGCUAUUCUGGACGAAAUCCACCCGAAUAGAAUCAGGACUGCCGAACAAUGGUUCCGUAUAGAAGAGGCCAAUGGUCAAGCUUCUGGGAAGGGAAGUCUCUGGGAUAGAGUUCAGCCUGAAAAUCUACUGGAAGUUCUGAAACGAGGUGAAGAUGGGGACCAAGGGACUUUGCAACAAUGUCUUGAAGCUACUAUUGAUAUGGGCACAGCGAUACCAAAUGCCUCGAAACUAUCGUCUUUUAUCAGUGGUCGGUAG